ACUAACGACUUAUUUACAUUUGAUUCGACAAAACAUUUUAAUCAACUACUUCCUAAUACAAAAGAUCCUGUACUUAACCAACUAAUCAGAUACAAUUUGGAAUCAAUUAGUGAUUUUAAAGAACAUGAUUCCAUGCUUGUUGAGUCCGUGGAAGAACAAUUAACCAUUGAAGAACGUAAAGCUCUUUGGAUAUCAUUUAAGAACAAGCAAUUGCCAACUAAAAGUUUGAUUAAACCAAAACCACUUACAAAGUUACUAAAUACGGAUGAGCUUAUAGCAAAAUAUAAAAAAAAUAAAAAAAUAAGUGAGUCUUCUGGUUCUACAAAAAAUAUCCAACCCAGAGAGCCACAAGCUGUAAUAUAUUCUAAUGAAAGUCAUAGUUCUAGAAUGCAUACACAUCUCAACAGUGACAAGCAAUCAAAAACACCAAUAUCUAAAAGAAAACAUUCAACAUUAACAAGUACUACAGAAACCGUAAACAAUCCAACACUUUUAAACUCUCAAUUAAAAAUUCCAAAAUUGUUUGAAAAAUCAGACCGCCAUAGACAUGUUGAACCCAUACAAAAUCAGUUUAGAAGUUUUCAACAGAAAACUUUUAAUCACCAUAAGAGGCACCUGGCAUCGCAUUAUCGUGCUCCUCAUGCAACUACAUUAGCAGAUAUCAGACAUCGACCCGAUCCAAACUUCAGAAACCAAUCAAACCACAAUCCAUAUAGUAUAAACAGAACAUGGUAUCCUAAUAAUCAAACAUCAACUGAAAAUAAUAUUUUAAAUCGAUCUGGGACACCGGUUUCAGAAAAGAUCUAUCAUCAGACAAAAUCACAAGGAGAGAAAUUAUGCGUAAUGCAUUAGUUGUGGAAGAAGAUUAUUUUGUUGCCCCCACAAAUCAAG